AUGAAGGAUCUGAACGACUCGGAGACCAACUCCGUCAAGAAGUUCGCCUUCUUCGGUUAGCGCGUUCUUUCGAGAGAAAAAAAAAUGUAAAAUAUCAAUUUUCAGGAAUCGCGGCUUCGACGGUAGCAACGCUGACGGCGAUCAUGGCGGUGCCUAUGCUGUGUUUGUACAUGCAGAACAUCCAGUCCGGCCUUCAGGACGACCUCACUUUCUGCAAGUCUCGCACUGACUCUCUCCGCGGCGAGUACAAUCGGGUACAGUUCGUAUGAAACUUUAAAUUUAACGAAUCUCAUUGCAGUUGGCCUCUUUCCGUCAAUCGGCCCUGCAAGCUCGCAAGAAGCGAUCGAGCGGAGAAGGAAAGUGCUGCUCUUGCGGAAUCGGCCUCGCUGGUCCAGUCGGAGAGCCAGGAGACGACGGAACUCCAGGAACCGACGGCAAGCCAGGAACUCCAGGAAAGCCUGGACCAGACGCUCCUUACGAGGCCAUCCCAACUGCUGCUGACUUCUGCUUCGAAUGCGAACCAAGCCCAGUUGGUCCACCAGGACCUCCAGGACCACCAGGACCUGAUGGAAAGCACGGAAGCCCAGGAGAAGACGGCCCAGAAGGAAGACCAGGACCGAGAGGACCACUCGGACCCCCAGGGCCAGCCGGAGCCGACGGAGAGCCAGGAGAGCAAGGGCCACCCGGAUCUCCUGGACAGACUCAAACUGUUCCGUCGCCAGCCGGAGAAACUGGAGAGCCAGGAGAGCAAGGACCCCAAGGAGAGCCUGGACCAGACGGACGUCCUGGAUCUCCGGGAAGACCUGGACCACCUGGAGAGAACGGAACUCCUGGCAACGAUGGCGAGCCUGGCAAGGACGCCGAAGACGGCCUUCCAGGAAAACCUGGAGCCGAUGGACAGAAAGGUCAGUUUUCUCAUAUCUAUUCUCUGAAGAUUGGUGUUCUUCAGGCUCUUGCGACCACUGCCCACCACCUCGCACCGCUCCUGGCUAUUAG